GCCCCGCCAUGGGCACCGGCCCCGGGACGGGCUGGCAGCGGCGCCCCGGCGCGGGGCCGGGGGCGGGCCGAGGGUGCUGUGACCCCCGGCGGGGCCCUGCCCACCCGCCCGGCUCCGGCACCGGCUCCAGCGGCUGAAGUUGCCCAAGUCGGGGUGACUGCGAUGUCCCCCGGGCGGCGGGACCCCUGACGGGCGCUGCCCGCCCCCGAGGCCGCCCGGCUUUGUUGGGAUUUUGUUGGUUUGUUUCCUUCUCGCUGCUGUUUUCCUCCCGUCCCGCCGCGGUGGAUGGCCCGCGGUGGGCGCCGCUGGCCGCGCCGCCCCUGCCCGGGCAGGAUGGUGGCGGCGGUGCUGGCCGGGCUGUCCCUGCUCAGCCUCCUCACCUGCGGCUACCUGGCCUGGGGCAGCCGCCGCGCCGGCCCCGCCGGGACCCCGCUGGCAGAGGAGCCCGGGGCCGGCGCCCCCCGCUCGCAGCCGCACAUCAUCUUCAUCCUGGCGGAUGAUCAGGGGUUCAGGGACGUGGGGUACCACGGGUCCGAGAUCAGGACGCCCACGCUGGACAAGCUGGCUGCCGAAGGGGUCAAACUGGAGAACUACUAUGUCCAGCCCAUGUGCACGCCAUCCAGAAGCCAAUUGAUCACUGGAAAGUACCAGAUCCACACGGGCCUCCAGCACUCCAUCAUCCGGCCGACCCAGCCCAACUGCUUACCUCUGGAUAACGUCACGCUACCUCAGAAGCUGAAGGAGGUUGGGUACUCAACGCACAUGGUGGGCAAGUGGCACCUGGGCUUUUACCGCCGGGAGUGCAUGCCCACGCAGAGGGGCUUCGACUCCUUCUUCGGCUCCCUCCUGGGCAGCGGCGACUAUUACACGCACUUCAAGUGCGACAGCCCGGGCAUCUGCGGCUACGACCUCUACGAGAACGACAACGCCGCGUGGGACCACGACACCGGCAUCUACUCAACGCAGAUGUACACGCAGAAAGUGCAGCAGAUCUUGGCCUCUCACAACCCCGGGAAGCCCAUCUUCCUCUACAUCGCUUACCAGGCUGUCCAUUCGCCCCUUCAGGCGCCGGGCAGGUAUUUUGAACAUUACCGGUCGAUAAAUAACAUCAACAGGCGGAGGUACGCGGCGAUGCUGGCCUGUCUGGAUGAAGCCAUCAACAACGUGACCCUUGCUCUAAAGAAGUAUGGGUACUAUGAGAAUAGCAUUAUCAUAUAUUCCUCGGAUAAUGGUGGGCAGCCUAUGGCCGGAGGAAGCAACUGGCCUCUCCGAGGGAGCAAAGGGACCUAUUGGGAAGGAGGUAUCCGCGCCGUUGGGUUUGUCCAUAGCCCCCUUCUGAAAAACAAAGGGUCUGUGUGUAAGGAGCUGGUGCACAUCACGGACUGGUUCCCCACCUUGAUCACGCUGGCGGAAGGGCAGAUCGAUGAAGACAUCCAGCUGGACGGGUAUGACAUCUGGGAAACCAUCAGCGAAGGCAGGCGCUCUCCGCGCGUGGACAUCCUGCACAACAUCGACCCCAUUUACACCAAAGCCAAAAACGGCUCCUGGGCCGCCGGCUACGGGAUCUGGAACACCGCCAUCCAGUCCGCCAUCAGAGUGAACCACUGGAAACUACUGACGGGAAACCCGGGAUACAGCGACUGGGUGCCUCCGCAGGCCUUCAGCAACGCGGGCCCCAACCGCUGGCACAACGAGCGCGUCUCCUGGUCCGCUGGCAAAACCGUGUGGCUCUUCAACAUCACCGCCGACCCCUACGAGCGGGUGGACCUCUCUGCCAGGUACCCAGACGUGGUGAAGCAGCUCUUGCGGAGGCUCUCGCAGUUCAAUAAGACCGCGGUUCCCGUCCGCUACCCACCGAAGGACCCCCGGAGUAACCCCAAGCUGAACGGAGGAGUCUGGGGGCCGUGGUUUAAGGAGGACGAAAAGAAAAAGAAGUCGGAUAAAAGCAAAGGUGCAAAUAAGCAGAAGAAGAACAAGAACAAGAAGAAAGCAAACAGGAAAAAGGGGCAGUCAUUGCCUUGCCGGUCACGUCUUGCUGGUGGGUAGACUCUGAGCACCCUCUUUGGCUGAGUCUGAGUCGGCUUGGACCAACAGACUUGAACUUCUGACGGAAUAGACUAGAAAUGCUAGUUCUGCACUAUGGAUGGAAGUUGUCGUCUUUGAAUUUUUUAUUCUGAUUUCACCAGCACAAGGUAUCUCAACACUCUGAGUGUCCAUAUGACAGACUUCGUCCUCCACAGGAUGAAUGGUCCUCACCCACCACCACCACAUUCCAGAAAACAGCAGCGAUAACACCUCAUUUCAGGAAACUCAGCUUUGAUGGACCAAAUGGUGCUUCCUUGCCUUAACUAGUAGGAAUCUUUGGAGAGGAUGGAGAUGUUAAUGGCAGAUGUCCUCAAAAUGAGAGGUGAUUCAGAAAGAGAAAGGAAAAACAAAACCUGAGAACCUCUGUGGGUCAGUAAGUGUUAGUCAGCAACCUAUGAUGCUUUUUGAUACAACACAGCAAAAAUAUGAAGCCAUCAGGGUAACUUCUUAGAGGUGCUGGGAAGGGGGGCAUGAUAGGAGGAAAGCUGCUUUGAAUUAGAUUUUGUCUGUCUUAAAUAAAUCUGAAACAUUUUUAACAUUUCCUAGAUGUGCUAAGCUCCCCCCAUUUGCAGUAAAACACAUGACCAGCUAGCACACACCACAUAUAAUUUAUUAUAGGCAUAGACAAAAACACAUUGCCAAAGUGAAUGUAACUAUUUAAACACUUUAACAUAACUAUACAGCAAUAUGUAAAAGGCAUAAUUUAUUUUACAGCACAAUCCUUAUUUUUCUCCCGUUAAAACUUCCUGGCUGAUGCAAAGUACCCCUUUGGGUGCCAGGGUUCUGCGGGGGUUUUUAACUUUGCUUUUUUACUUUGAUUUCCACCCUGUCAUUCAGAGUUUUAUUUAACAGAUCCAUAUCCUCAGAGUACUGUAAACCAAGGAAAUACUGUAUACACUGCUAGGAUGAGGAAGGAGAACAAUUCAGGUGCGUCAUUGCAUUGUGUAUUUGCCUCCAGUGGUUUUUGAAUGUAACAAAGGGUUUAUUUAAUUUAGGAGUCAUGUGAACGCUGUUCAGUUGCUGUACAGAAGCUAGGCCAUCUUGCUGUUCGGGGGGAAAAUUCUACUUUAAACCUUUUAUUUAUGUACCUAUUAAAAUAGUUUAUUUUUAUGGCAUUCAUAAAAGUAGUCUGCCUCUUUUUUGCAUCCAAGAUGGCAAUUCUGGCCUAAUUUAUUUUAAACAAAUUCAAGUGAGAUUUUUUUUAUUACCAUUACUUUUGGUGCAGGAAUGUUUUAUGACAUUUUGCUUCUGAAACAGAAUUUCUUCCUUCAGUAUGUUUAUCAUUUGAGACAUGCUUCAAACUUUGCCCUUUUCCAAGGUGUCUGCACGGAUGAUGGAUGCACGGACUGGCUGCACAUUCUUGGUGAUCUGGGGUAAUUGAUACAAUACAUACACACAUAUGAGUUUCAAGAUGAAUUAUGUUAAGUAAAAUUGAUGGUUCAUUUGUUGCAUAGCUGUAACAUAUUUUGGUAGAAUUUCAAAUAAGCUGCUUUUCAACGAUGCCUCACUUGACUCAGAAAUCACAUUUAUAUUGAUGGAUUACUGUUAAAACAUUCCUAAAAUCAGUGCAUGCAGAAAUCUGAAUGAUGUCCAAUGCUCCAACACCUCCUGACCUUUUUAAAAGGGAACUGACUGCAGGUAUGUUCUGCCAAACCCCAGCAAAUUGCAUAUUUUCAGCUAUAAAGCAGCAUAAAACUGUCAUUAACAAAAACACUGAAACAAGCAAGUCAGAUUUUGGAGUUACUUCUGUAUUGAAUAUACCCAGGAGAACACAGAAAUUAACUUCUUGAAUAGUUACAUAUAAAUAAUGAUUAUAAAGGGAUGAUGUCUAUCUGCCUAAGUGUUUAAUAUUGUCACUUAUUUUUCAUACUGUGUGGCCCUUCAGAAGACAAAUUAAUUUCUUAGAAAUCUGUCUAGCUUUACUUCAGAUCCAGACUAUUCAAUGAGUAAUCAGGAACUCAGAUGUUCUCUAAUUUCUCACUUUUUUUUCUUUUUUAAUGUGCCAGUGAUGUCCUUAAAAGAAAUGAGAACAAUGUCUUCAGAUAUUAUACUGGAAAAUGUGAUGUAUAAAAUUCGUGCCUGUGAGAAAAUGCACUUCAUUUUCCAAGGUCAUUUUAAAAAGACCAGAAUUAGGUGUGUAAACUAAGCUAUAUAUAGAGGUGGACUAAGAUAUUUUAAUUUACUUUGGCAUAAUAGCAACAAGGCAGCGUGAUAAAGUGUUACCCUCAUAGAAUCAAUUAUUGCCCUUUCCCAUGAAAGUUUUAUGGUGGCUCUUAUUGGACCAAAGCAACCAGAGAGCAUUAUUCUCUGACAGUAUUUUAUUCUAUAAUUAUUUAUAUCUGUUCUCUCUCAGGCAAAAUGGGAGUCCUUGAAAGUAAGCGGUGCAAGGCAGAACAGUGGAUCAGUUCUCUGUAUGUUUAAUAAAUGUGCCACCAGAGUAAGUGUUUGUAGAGUACAUAAGAGGAGUACAUUCCCCUUGAAUUUGAUACUUUGAUGCAGUAUAGGGCAAAAGCUGGGUUUAGAGGGGGUUAGAAAAUACCCAUGAUUUGGAAGUUUUCCUGAAUAUUUUGCUGAAAAGCUCCUGAUGUAAAAAAUGCUGUGUCUGCUCUUGGUUUUUUUUCACUGCAGCAAUACAGAGGUCUCCAGUUUUUGGUGAUGCUGUGUAGCUCUCGAGCCUGGCUUUUUGUUUGACAGAGCUGUAAGUAGCUCCUGCGCUCUCACGGCAGGAUUCCACGGGUUAUUUAUGUCUGCAGAUGUGUUACAUGCCCAACCUGAGGGAAGGUUCGAUAGGUAAACACUGAAAAAGAGAGCUCAAAAAAGACUGGAGGCGGGAGCAAAGCGAGGAGGAUUUACUGAUGAUUUUUAGGUUGUGUCAAACCUUCUCCACAUGCCCUCUGGGCAUGGUCAGAUACUAACUCUGAUCCUGUCUUAGUGACAGCCACACCUUCGGGAGGACCAGCCUGAGCAGGAAGACAAUAUUUUUUCCUUGUUUUUUCUUAGUUUUAUUUUAAAGCUCUUGUGAAUUAAUUUUCUAAUGGUAAGAUAGUUUUGUCAUCACCAGCUACUUUUAAAAUUUUGUUAUCAACAACUUAAUUAUUAUUGUUACUAUUAUUGUUAUUAUUAUUAUUAUUAUUAUUAUUGUCAUGUGGUUGUUAUUAUUUAGUUUGACAUAAAGUUGGAGGCAAAGCACUCUCCUGACUAAAGACCAGCGGAAUGCAGUGCCUGGAGUGGUGAGUAAAUCAGAACUGGCAGAUUUUGUGUGGACCAUGCUGUGAGAUAUGAGGGAAUGUCCAUGUAGUUGUGAAGCUCAGUCAUGGAAUACGAGUUACCCUAACUGAUGGAAUUAUUAGCUGAGACAUCCCAAAGGUUCCUCUACUUGCUGGGGACAUGAGGCUUUUUGGAAAGAGAGCUAGGCCAUUAAAUCCAGCAACUUUCUGUUUCCUGCUGGAAGUAAUGGGCACUGAUUGGAUUUCAAGCCAAUGGCAGGGGACUCACAUUUCUAUCCAUGCAGGAUUCUACAUAAUGGAUUAUCCAUGAUACUGUCUAGACAACAUUGAAACUUGGGGUUUUUUGUGAUCACACUGCACAGAAUAAGCUGCUUUUUCAUUCUCUCUGUUUCACGUGCUCCACGUUCAGCAACGACCACUGACACUCUUACCCAGCCCCCCGCGCUGCGGUGCCCCGGGGGGUUUAGGGGAAGGUUGGUUGAUUCACACUGGGUGGGAGAAACCACAAAAUUCUCAGGGGGUUCAACACCGAACUUUUACUUGCAAACUUCAGAACGUUACGGUAGAAUAAGGUACUUGGCAAACUUUAAAACAACGUCCAGACCAAGUAUUCACAAACUUCACAACUUUACACUUCACAAACUUUAACUUAGCAAAAUUUAACUUGUCUGGAUACAACAAGGCACGCACUAAGGCAUUGACUGGAAUUUUUACUCUGGCUUACAAUAUAUUUAUAUAUCUGCCAUUUUGGGGCAGGCCAUGGAUCAAGCUGCCAUUUAGGGUCAUUCGUGGGAUCACUUCGCCAUUUGUUGACAGAUCAUGGGCUGAGUCCACCAUUUUGUGACAGCCCAUGGGUUCGUCCGCCAUUUUGUGAGAGGCCAUGGGUUCCUCCGCCAUUUUGUGACAGGCCGUGGGGGCAGUCUGCCAUUUUGCAGCAGGCCGUGGGCUCACUCUGCCAUUUUAGGGCAGACCUCGGGUCACUCUGCCAUUUUGUGACAGGCCAUGGGCUCACUCCACCAUUUUGUGACAGGCUACAGAUAAGGAGAUGUAUGAGCGAAGGACUGUACCUUCACCAACUAUUAAUGUACAUUAUACAGAAGUCCUGAAAAAAAUACUUGUUGAUUUUCAGUGUGUACCAUUCCCAGACUAACAACAGGUUCCUUCACUGGCUUUAAACCCAGUGAAUAUUCAUCAUCAUGUUCAAGUAAAGUGAGUAAGAUCUAGUUUGCUUUGUACCACAGACGCUGUAAAAUACAUUCUCAGUGUUAGGUCCACUUGUCCAAAAAAUGUUAGCUCAGAGAAAGACACUGGAACAUGCAAUGUGCCUGUUGACUACUCAAUUAACUGUGCUCUCAGGGCAGCAGUAACUAUUCUGUGGCUGCUCUCAGUCUUUUAUUUUCUCCUUUCCUAGAACAGGCAAAGAAUGUGUAUUCCCAAGGGGAAAAAAGAGCAUGAGAUUUAAUUUAGCAGUUAUAUUACACAAGCUGCACUUCAGCACCCCAUUCCUGUUCAGAGGAGUACUCAGUAAUAUACUUGAUUUCCUUUCUGUGGAACAUAAGUCAAGGUCUUGAUGAAGUGGAGGAUUUGUGUCAAAGGCAGGCCAGUGUGAAAAUACAAAAAUGUUCUCUUUCCCUGAGUUAUGCUUGUUUUCACCUCUGCCAAGCAAGUUGAUAACAAUAAAUAUAAAUAUAGAUAACAGCAGGAAAGAUAUAAUUAAGUGCCUGAAUUUGAAUUAAUGUUGCAAUCAAGGUAUAAUCCAUGAUAUGGUUAAAAGUUAUUUCAUAAAUUCCAUUUGUUUCAACUAUAAUCAGGGCAGUGUUGCUGAAGUUUACUUGUGACUGAAGUAACAGAAUUGAUUAAUGGCUGUUAUUAUGAAUUUCCAUAGCAAGGGGAGAACAGGGUCCUGAAAUGUCAUACCAACAUUGCCUGAAAGAUACAUUUUUUUAAUUCCUUAUAAACAUCUGAGUCUCAGUAAAAGUCAAGUAUUUAAUCACGUGAAAUUAGUGCAGGCUGUGAUGUCUGUUGUUGUUCUCUAGAUUUGCUUAAAAAGAUCACUUUUCAGCAUUAUGUGGCAAGGGCAUGUUUAUUCUUCCUUUAAAUGUGGUUUUGCUUCUUAAGCCUACGCAGCUCAGAACUGCAGCAGGAGGAAGAGGGACUUGAUGAGUGGGAAUGGGUCUUUAUUAUUGGUAUAUAGUGGGCAUUUUGGAAAAGGACAUCACUAGAAUCAGAGAAUCCAGCACAUCUGGAGAGGUUUGCCAAAGUCUAAUGCAUUAGACUAAUUAAUUCCUUUCAGAAAACCGAGAUGAAUGUGUAUUUUUUAAGAUGACUGGAGAAUGAGAGGAAAGGUGGCCCUGUGAGAAGAUGAAGAGUACCAAGCUGUGACUGCCGGCAUACUUUGAAUGAAGAAAUUGCAAGUUGCUUAAAAGGAACAUUUUGGGAAAGUGAACUGUAUGUCAUUAAAGAAGUAUUUCAUCUAUCAUAAUCUGAUUUUCUUCUUACAAAACCCAACCUUCAAAGCUCUGAAUACUGGCAAAACUUGAAGGUCAAGGGCGUAACUAGUAAUUUCUUACCUCUGGGCAACCCUUUUAAAAGUCUUUCUCUGUGACAGCCUACCUUAUUGAUAGUAAUUGGUUCCAGUUUUAUUUGGGUUUUCUUUAGCAGAUUCCAUUACAUUUUGUCACUCUGGAUGGAGGGAAUACAGUUAGUGCUGAUAAAGAGCAUAUCGGAGCUUUUGGGUCAGUGCAGUUUAUCUUUAGCAAAUCAUUUGGGCUCUCAAGCGAUCCCUAAGCAAUCUCUUAGCCAGAGCCUUUUCUAAUACACUUAAAUAAUUGAUCUCCUAUUACUAUGUGGCUAUGGAGUGGAGGAUUUGAAAGAAAUCCACAAAGAAGGAUUUGCAAAAGUACAGAGAGAGCACAGAGCCCUGGCCUUCCGCCCUGAUGACUUCAGCAACUCACAGCCUUUUGUCUUUAGACGUGAUUUCUUUGAGAUUUUUACUGCCACUAGAUAUUUUUUUUUCUUUUCUCUUUGCAAGUAAAAAGGCUACAUGAUUAAUUCUGCUUUCAGCAUGGGAUGUGAAAGCCUGCAUAGGAACCCCCUGCGUGGAAUGGCAGCAGAGAAGAACAAGAAGUGCCUGGUUUGUGUCAGGAGGAACAGGCUGUGCUGUUUCCAGUGCUCUCCUCAGCCUCCCACAGCCACAGAGUCCUUAACAGCAGUCAUUAAACUUCCUAACGUCAGAGACCAGCAUGAGGCCUUGUACUGGGAGAUAGUCCUUGAAGUCCAGCUAAAAUCUUUUUCCUCUUAGUCAUGGUCAUUCCUCAGAGCCACACAGUACCUUCAGAAAAUAUGAACAGAAGCAGAGUUGCUCUGCAAGGGAGUCAGUACUGCUGGAAGCAUUAACAGCUUUAAUGAGGAAAGCAGGGCAGGUUUGAGGGUUUGUAGUUCCUGCUCUGCACAGGUCCAGGUGAGAUGUACGCUGGCUUAAAUGGGCAUUUGGAGAAUUACUAAG